CGGUGCCUCUUUCCUUAAGCGCUUUGGAAGUUUCUUAUGUACACAUGUUAUGUUUGUGCAUGGAGCUCCUAAGUACAAUAGUCCGUGUAAAUAAAACGUAUCUUUUGACGUUUUUUAAACUCUCUGGAGCGUGGUCUGAGCGGUGUGCGUUGUCUUGUAGCUAAAUACUAAAGAGCAAAGAGGGCAAUUUACUAUGGCUUGUCCGAUAUAUCCAAAGGACACACCGCAGCCCACAGAGGACAUCGAAUUUCAGCAAGUACUGCGUCAAAUUGGAGGUAAAGAAAAUAUAUACUUAGUAAGUGAUACCGUCAAAUCGGAUGAGGAGGACGAAGCCAGUGGGAUAUUAAAGGAGUUCAUUCAGGACAUGUUUCAUAGCGGGCGUACUGAAAACCUUGGCACGAGCCAUACCAACAACAACACUAACGGUCAGAUUUAUUCCUCUCCAAAUAGUCAAGGGGAUACUACAAGCGAAAAUAAUGGGACAUGCGAAACAGUAAACAACUGCAAGAUUUUGCCUCAAGCCCAGGGGAACGAAAUACCUCUGUCAACGAGGCCAAAGGAUUUAGUAUUGAGUGCCAAGUCUAUGGGAGAGGAUAAAGGACCACCGAGGCUCAAUGGGAACGUCCAAAAGACCAAAACCUCAAGCAUGAACAGUUGUAGAGGAAAGCGAGUAAUAGACCAUCCUAUUAUAAUAUUCAUAUUUAGACAGGAGUUUUUCAGUGGCAGUGCAAACGCAAUUUGCCUGAAAGAAAUUCUGAAGGAUGUUAGGUCACGUGCGAAACGUGGCGGUGUCCGCCCAGCACUAGUCGGGUUAAUACGCUCAACAGGUGAGAGCAACGAGACGCGUGAAUCAGUGGGAUUUCUGGAGGGCCUGCUUCGUUCAGUGUUUCGGAAACAUCCACCAGAAGCCAUCUGGGCAGGGCAUUUCAUUCCCAAGACAGAGGAUAGGAUGCUGGCCAUCAAGAAAUACGCCUGCAAAGCCAUCUAUUCGGCCCAAUCCUCAGAUAAUUCUGAGGAAAGAGGGAACAUGUUUUUAAGGCAAUUCCAAUGUUUGCCUUGGCCUAGAAGACACAACAGCCAGGCCAACAACACUUCAGCAAACAGGCAAAGAGGUGAUGCUGCAAGUGCAGACGAAGGGAUCCCUCUGAAGACUGGUGUUUUGUCCGCUGGACCCCAGGCAGAGUCCGACUGUGGUGUAACCAAAAAGGACAGUCAUGAUGACACUCAUGGGUCAUGAUUUCCCCAUGUCCAACUGUGGACAAUACUCAAACGUUGGUCUCAAGGAACAUUGGUGUCUGUACAAGUCUGCAGUUAAGUUACAUGUCUGGCACAUUGGCCUUACAAUCAGAGAAGAGUUGAUACAUUAGCCUGUGAUUAUGAACAAUUUGAAUUUUGCGAUAACUCAAGUUAUGCAACUUAAUACAUUUAGUGUACAUGCGUAUCUGUUACAUAACCAUCCAUGUAUGUUGUCACUUUAAAUAAUUGUCAUGUAAUAUCUGCUUUUGUUGUUACAAAGAGCUCAUCUUGAAUUGUAAAACAACAAUGAAAAAAUGUGUGACCAACAAACACUAUGACCAUUUACUUCAUUCUGUUCGGUAAGUGUGAUGUGAUGCUGUUUUCAAACGAAACACAAUACCUUGCUCUUGUUAAAACCUGUUAAUCCUACCACCUACUUUUUCGAACAUUCUGUUAAAAAUCGCGCAACAUUUCAGCACCCUGCUACUCAUGCCAGGAAUAUAGUAUAUGCAUAUGAUUAGUAUGUGUGGAUAGAAAACACUCAGACGUUUCUAAAACUGGUUAAAUCACGGCUGUGACUAUAACAGAACGUGCGUUUCAUCGAAAAGUGCAGGAAAAUCUGAUCACUGAAAAUUGGAAAAUAUAUCAAUGCCCACUUGUAUGUAUUGUUGAAUGGAAACCACAUUACCUGGAGCCGAGAUUGCAAUUCCUACAGCUUCCACACGAUGUCACCAGUCUUGUCAAUUGCCUAGGCUUUGUUUCUUGGUCAAACGAAGAAGAGACAGCCCAUUUCCUCCGGUCUCCGACAGGAUGUUUUGGAGUAGAAAUGUCUGAACAUGAUUUGAAGACGUCGAGCUAUUGAAUAUACAUCGCCCCGUGAUCAAUUUGAUAGAUUAUUAACGUUUACUAAUACCUAAAGUUGCAUUACAAAAGUAUUUCGAAGUGUUUUGUGAAAGUUUAUCGUCAACUUUUUUAAUUUAAAAAAAUGACGUUGCGUUAUAAAACGCAGUUUUUUUCCUUGAUCACACAGUCUUCAUAGAUCGAUAUCUAGUAUAUAUAUGGACCGAUUUGAUCGGAAAAAAUACCCAAUAGUGAUGUUUAUGGGACCUCUAGGAGUGCCAACAAAUAAGAUUGUCAAAGGUAAUGAAGUUUUAUAUUUUAUUUCUGCGUUUUGUGUAGCACCGACUAUGCUAAUUAUUUUGUUUACGUCCCCUGCGGGUCUUUUGGGGUGUUGCAUGCCAUCAGAUAAUAGCUUCUCGUGCUUUCGCCGAAAAGCAUUUAAAAAAUCUGACUUGUUGGCUGGAUUCACAACGAGUGUAGCUUUAAUUCAAUACCCUGCAUGUGUGUUUUCAUGAACGUUUGAGUUUUAACGAGUGCUAUUAGCAUUUAGCAUAGCGCAUUUGCAUUUCCAGAUGUCUAGAUGGGACGCAUGCAUCCCGGGUCGACCCAAGAGGUUAAAGCUUUUAGAAUUUAUUUGUUUAUUUAUUUUAUUUUGCUCGACUUCAAUUAACAUUCAGCAACUAGUGUCACGCCUUGGUCUUAGUAUUUUGUGUUUUCUUUAUUAUUUGGUCAGGCCAGGGUGUGACAUGGGUUUAUGUUGUUGUAUUUCGUAUUGGGGUUUUUGUAUUAUUGGGAUUGCGGCUGAGUAGGGGUGUUGUAUGGGCUUGGCUGCCUGAGGCGGUUCUCAAUCAGAGUCAGCUGAUUCUCGUUGUCUCUGAUUGGGAACCGUAUUUAGGUAGCCUGGUUUCGCUUUGUAUUUCGUGGGUGAUUGUUCCUAUCUCUGUGUAGUUUCACCAGAUAGGCUGUAAUAGGUUUCUCGUUCCGUUUGUUGUUUUUGUAUAUGUAAUAGUUAUUUCAUGUUACGCUCUUCAUUCAUUAACCUCAUAGUCCGCCC